AUGUCCUCCUCAGCGCCCUGGGACUACAUCGCCAAGCUGGUCUGCAUAGGCGACUCGGGAUGUGGCAAAUCCAGUCUCACCAUCCGCCUCUGCGAAGGCCGCUUCUCCGCGCACCACGACGUCACAAUCGGCGUUGAAUUCGGCUCGCGCAUCGUGCCCCCGCCACGCGAUACCAGCAACACCCCUCAGAAGCAUAUGAAGCUCAGCUUGUGGGACACGGCCGGCCAGGAGACAUACAAGUCAGUCACGAGGUCAUAUUUCCGCGGCGCAAGCGGCGCGCUGCUCGUCUUUGACCUGUCGCGCAAGGCCACCUUCCAGCACGCUACAGACUGGCUAAACGACCUCCGCCAGAUCGCCGAGCCGGACAUUGUCAUCGUCCUGGUCGGCAACAAGGCCGAUCUGACACAGCAGGAAGACAACAAGCGCGAGGUCACCCGGGAAGAGGCGGAAGAGUGGGCCAAGCGCAACGGCAUCCUCGAGUAUGUCGAGACCAGUGCCAAGAGCGGCGAGAACGUGGAAAAGGCCUUUAUGAGAGUCGCCGAGAGGAUAUACCAGAACAUCCAGGCCGGCAAGUAUAAUCUAAACGACAGGAGAUCCGGCGUCAAAGGCCCCAGCGCUGGUGGAAGCCGGCAAGUGAGGUUAACAGCUGACGCCAGCAAGUCGGGCGGCGGAUGUUGUUGA